AUGACAGAUUUUGAAUAUCAUGAUAGUAAUAAGAAUGAAAACCUUAACCCAAACGGAUUGUUUGAAAAGGAAAAUAAAGGGGAAAAUGAAGAGAAAGAUGUGAUUAUAACUUUAUUUUCGCGAACUAAAAGAAUAUCUAAAUUUAGUGCAAAUAUAGGAAUAUUAACUCUUAAAUAUCAUAUGGAAAAAAAACAUAAUAUUAAAAUUCCACAAGUUAUAACUAAUCAAACUAAACUUUCUUUUUCUCAUAUUGAUUUAUGGCUAGCUAAAGAAAAACAAGAAU